AUGAAAAAGAUAAACAAAGUGGAAUGUGUUGGGAAUGCCAAGAACGAUGUCGAUGAAGAUGUUGAUAGAGAUGUUGAGAAAGAAGUUAAGGACCCUUUUGAUGACAAGAUAAAACUCUUCCAAGCAAAGGUACGCCACGCUCAAGAUGUCGUUGAAGAGUACGUCUUCUGCAGACCCAAACCCAAUCAAAAAGGCUUGUCUAACAACUGGCUCGAACCCGCGCGUUUGCUGUGGCUACCUGGUGGUCCUGACUAUGAGAGACCUUUGUACAUGACUCGAACCGACGAAGAUGAGCCUCAUUACACAGCAGAGCAAGAACUUGCCUAUAUGCAAAAACAAGUCAAUGAGAGCGAUGGGUUUGAUAUCGAUUUCAAGUUAAAUCUCUGCGUUUUCAACUACCAUCCUGCUAAUCUCGAUUCACAUGAAUUCGAGGACGGGGCAGGAAACGCUGAGGAUUUGCUCAAGAGGCUCUCUCAGAAUUCCCUUGAUGACUACAAUGGAAAACAUGAGACCAAAUUUGAGUUUGUCAAGAUUCGUGGAGCCAAUUUUCACUGGGCUAAUGCGAUUAUGUUUCUCAUAACAUUUGAAGUUAAGGACCCUUUUGAUGACAAGAUAAAACUCUUCCAAGCAAAGGUACGCCACGCUCAAGAUGUCGUUGAAGAGUACAUCUUCUGUAGACCCAAACCCAAUCAAGGAGGCUGGCAGAGAUGGCUCGAACCUGCGUUUUUGCUGUGGGAACCUAACGAUCGUCACUAUGAGAGACAUUCGUACACGACUCGUACCGAGAAAGAUGAGCCUCAGUUUACGAUAGAGCAAGAACUUGCCAACAUGGACAACGAAGUCAACAAGAGCGAUGGGUUCGAUAUCGAUUUUUCAUUGUUCCGCUGCAUUUUCAACUACCAUCUCGCUAAUCUCAAUUCAAAUGACUUUGUCGAUGAGCCAGACACCUUAAGGGAUUUACUCGAGAGGCUCUCUCAGCAAUCUCUUGACGACUACAAUAAAGAAAAUGAGACAAAAUUUGAGUAUGUCAAGGUUGAGAAAGCCAAUUUUCACGUCGCUGCUGGGAUUAUGUUUCUCAUAACAUUUGACGUUAAAGAUCCUUAUGAUGACAUGAUUAAACCCUUCCAAGCAAGGGUUCGCCACCUUAAAAAUACCUUCACUGAGUACAUCUUCUGUAGGCCAAAACCCAACCAUGGAGGUAUGUAA